AACGCGGUCCUGGAGUCGGCCAGGGGCUGUCAACGAGGAAGUGAGGGAGGACAAACAAACAUCUGGCCGAGCCCACACCAGCUUUGCGUAACUCACCCGCUUUCCUUCAGAUAAGGAAUAUCGGCUUGUUUUCACCCAGUUUUUGUUGUUGUGACGGGAGGGGCUUCACAAUGUCAUCGAUGCAGUUGGAGAAGCUGAGGAUGACUGGCGCUGGAAGGGCCAUGGCUGUUCUGACCAGCGGUGGAGAUGCCCAAGGAAUGAAUGCUGCUGUCCGAGCUGUGACCCGGAUGGGCAUCUAUGUGGGAGCAAAGGUCUAUCUCAUUUAUGAGGGAUACCAGGGCCUUGUGGAUGGGGGAGACAACAUCAAACUGGCUCACUGGCACAGUGUCACCAACAUAAUCCAACAGGGUGGGACUGUGAUCGGCAGCGCUCGCUGCAAGGCUUUCACAACCCACGAGGGUCGGCUCAGCGCAGCUUUCAACCUGGUGAAGAAAGGCAUCACCAACCUGUGUGUGUGUGGUGGAGACGGCAGCCUCACUGGAGCCAACAUCUUCCGCAGUGAGUGGAGCAGCCUGCUGGAGGAGCUGGUACAGAAAGGAAGGAUCACAGACACCCUGGCCAAGCAGCAUGGCCACCUGAACAUCGUGGGGCUCGUGGGCUCUAUAGACAACGACUUCUGCGGCACCGACAUGACCAUUGGCGCCGACUCUGCGCUGCACCGCAUCAUCGAGAUAGUGGAUGCCAUCAUGACCACUGCACAAAGCCAUCAGCGCACUUUUGUUCUUGAAGUGAUGGGACGUCACUGUGGGUACCUGGCCUUGGUGUCAGCGCUGGCCUCUGGGGCAGACUGGCUCUUCAUUCCAGAGGCUCCUCCUCAAGAGGGCUGGGAGGACCGCAUGUGUGAUCGUCUGGAGGGGAGUCGCAGUAAGGGAUCCAGACUCAACAUCAUUAUCAUUGCAGAGGGGGCGAUCGACAGAAACGGCAAGCAAAUCUCCACAAAUUAUGUAAAAGAUCUGGUGGUGAAGAGGCUGGGCUAUGACACCAGAGUGACAGUACUGGGCCACGUCCAGCGAGGAGGAACUCCCUCAGCUUUUGACAGAAUCCUGAGCAGUAGGCUGGCUGUGGAGGCAGUGGUUGCCUUGAUGGAAGCCACUCCUGACACCCCAGCCUGUGUCAUCGGCCUCUCAGGUAACCAGCCCGUGCGUCUGCCUCUCAUGGAGUGUGUGGACAUGACGAAGCUGGUGCAGAAAGCCAUGAAUGAGAACAGGUUUGAUGAGGCUGUCAAGCUGCGUGGAGGGAGUUUUGAGAACAACUGGAACAUCUACAAACUUCUUGCCUUCCAGAAGCCUGCCCAGUCCCAGACCAAUCACUCCUUGGCUAUUCUGAACGUGGGCGCCCCCGCUGCAGGGAUGAACGCAGCGGUGAGGUCUGCUGUGAGAGUGGGACUCGCUCAUGGACACAAGGUCUACGCUGUCAGUGAUGGCUUUCAAGGACUGGCCAAUGGAGAGGUGAGCGAGAUACAGUGGCACUCUGUGGCUGGAUGGACGGGCCAAGGAGGAUCACUGCUGGGGACAAAACGGACUCUUCCAGGCAAAUACAUGGAGAAGAUUGUAGAAACCAUCAGCAAAUACAACAUCUCAGCCAUUCUCGUCAUUGGAGGGUUCGAGGGUUAUGAAGGUGUGCUGCAGUUGUAUGAGGCCCGCAAUCGCUACGAUGAGCUCUGCAUUCCCAUGUGCGUCAUCCCUGCUACCAUCAGCAACAACGUGCCUGGAACAUACUUCAGCCUGGGAGCCGACACCGCUGUCAAUGCUGCCAUGGAGAGUUGCGACAAGAUCAAACAGUCUGCCACUGGAACCAAGAGGCGGGUGUUUGUGGUGGAAACUAUGGGUGGCUUCUGUGGCUACCUGGCAACCUGCACUGGUAUAGCUGUGGGCGCUGAUGCAGCCUACAUAUAUGAAGAUCCCUUCAACAUCCAUGACCUGAAGACCAACGUGGAGCAUUUAACAGAAAAGAUGAAGAAGGAUAUCCAGCGGGGGCUGGUGCUCAGGAAUGAAAAAUGCCAUGAGCACUACACUACAGAUUUCAUCCAUAAGCUGUAUUCGUCAGAGGGGAAAGGCAUUUUUGACUGUAGGGUCAACGUGCUGGGACAUCUGCAGCAGGGAGGAGUACCUACGCCCUUUGACAGAAACUUUGGCACAAAGUUGGGUGUGAGGGCUAUGCAGUGGCUUUCAGAGAAAUUGACUGAAAACUUCCGGCAAGGGCGUGUGUUUGCCAACUCACCAGAGUCCGUGUGCGUGCUUGGCCUCAACAAGAAGGUCAUUAGCUUCACCCCUGUCAGCGAACUGAAGGAUGAGACUGAUUUCGAGCAUCGCAUACCGACGGUCCAGUGGUGGUUGAAUAUGCGCCCAGUGCUUAAAAUGUUGGCCAAAUACCAAACCAGCUUUGAUGAAUAUGUGCCAGGAGAGAUCGAGCACGUGACUCGACGUUCCCUCAGCAUUGACCCUGGCUUCUAGACACUGCAGGACUCUGCACCCUCAACCCUUAUCAAUCAAUCCAUCCUGCCUGCUUCUAUUAAGACUGCAUACAGUACAAGUUUGUGAUACAGCUCUUAUGCUACUGAGGGACUGACGGCAUGGAAAUUUAUUCUUGCCACUGCAAAACCUUAUAAACCCCCCUUCCCCAUUUGUACAGCAGUAUUUGUGAUAUGAGCUCCUAUGCUACUGUGGAAUUAAUGGCAUUUAAAAAUAGCAUUAACCUCAGUCUAAGAUGUUGUUGUAGUCAUAACUAUAUUUAAUGAAUGAUUAAAGAAUGCACUAAAA